UUUUACCUUUUUACUUCUAAUUUCAGGAGCUGCCUAAGAAUUUUUCUAAUUUUAUGCUUGUUUCCAAGAACCCGUGUAUCAAAUCCUUCAAAACCCAAUUUUUUACUGACACUGGCUGAUGAUCUUGGUACUAGAGAUGUGGGGUGAUAUAGCAAUGAUACAAUAAGUGGGAUUUUUAUUUUUAGGACCCCAAACACUGAUGGCCUGGAAAAGGACGGAGUGAGACUUACCCAGCACAUUACUGCAGCUGCUGUCUGUACUCCAAGCAGAACAGCUUUCCUGACUAGCAGAUACCUUUUCAGAUCAGGCAUGACAUCCAGCACUCAAUAUCAAGUUCUCUUUUGGAACCAGUGUUCUGGUGGGAUCCCACUAAAUCAAACUACUUUUGCAAGAAUACCGCACCAGCAAGGUUAUUCUACAGCACUUUGCAUUUGUGGAAAAGGAAUGGGAGGCUGGGAAGGAGGGAUCCAUGUCCCAGGAACGGGAGUGUUGCCUGCAGGGACAGUUAUCAAUAUGACAAGCCUUGUGGACAUUUUCCCAACUGUAGUUCACCUGCCUGGAGGGGCAGUGCCUCAGGACAGGGUAACUGAUGGGCGCACCUUACUGCCUUUGCGCUCUGGGCAUGAGUUCAUGUUUCACUGCUGCAGUGUACUUCUGUGUGCAGUGCAGUGGCACCAAAAGGACAGUGGGACUGUAUGGAAGGCUCAUUAUGCCAGUCCAGUAUUCCAACCAGAACCCUCUGAGGCCUGUUUUGAAAGAGGAAUUUGCCCAUGUUUCAGGGAUGGUGUAACCCAUCAUGACCCUCCGCUGCUGUUUGAUCUCUUACAAGAUCCUUCUGACGUGAAUCCUCUAUCAGCUGACACUGAGCUUGACACUGUAACGAGAAUAGGAAAAGCUACAGAAGAGCAUUGCAAGACCCUGACUCCAGUCGCACAACAGCUGUCUCCUUACAACAAUAUAUGGAAGCCAUGGCUACAGCCGUGCUGUGGCACAUUCCUGUUCUGUUGGUGUGAUGAAGAAAACCACCAAGCAGAUGACGUACUCUUAAUACCAAAAAUCACAGUACAGUUAGCUUUUAAAAAGCUGAUAGUAUUCACAUUUACAUGACU